GCAGCGAUCGGAUCAACGCCAUAAACCAUGCUGGAAACUUUACGCAGUUUUCCCUUCACUUGCCUCCACUUUCUCAUCUAAGCCAUCUUUCUUACCUAUCCAACCCUAUCAUAUCGUAUCAUAUUCAUAUCCUUCACUCGCAAAAUGGAACCCCUUUCAAACCCUCUUCUCAAUUUUACUUUAUCCCAACUCAAUCCUAAUGCUCAUCCACCUCUUCCACCUGAAACUAGCAUUUAUUUGACUACAAAAUAUCCUUAUUUGAACAAUCCUAAAAUUAUCACUGCACUGACGCAAGCCCUUCCCCACCAAAUUGCCCAGACCCACUUUCUCAUAAAUUCCCUGGGACCUCGACCCGACCCAGACGCUGUCUCUGCUGCUCGAUCCAAGAUUGCCCAGAUCCAUGAAACGCCAUCGUCUUUGCCAGACCUUGAGGCUUACAAGGCGGUUGUGAGAUUGGAGAAGAUGCAUCAAGAGUAUCGGAGUAAAUUGAGUGUAGCGGAGGAGAUGCUUCAUCGGGUUUACGAGUCGGUUGCGGUCGGGUUGGAAGAUGUGGAUGAGGAGGUAGUGAAGAUACUGAGAGAAGCGAAGAGUGGUGUGGUUGUGGAGAGAAUUGAGCUUGUUGAACGUCAGUUGAGGUUUUUGCCUGAGGAUUUUGGAAAGCUUCAUGGGUUGCUUGUGCUUAAUCUUUCUCGCAAUGAAUUAGAGGUCAUUCCUGACUCGAUAGCAGGAUUAAAGGAACUUGAAGUGCUUGAUGUUUCUUCCAACCUGCUAGAAUACCUGCCCGACUCUAUUGGAUUGUUGCUUAGUCUGAAGGUCCUUAAUGUGUCAGGAAACAAGCUAAAUACCCUUCCUGAAAGCAUUGCUGGGUGCAGUUCACUGGUGGAGUUAGAUGCAAGCUUUAACAAUUUGACAUCCUUGCCUGCAAAUAUGGGAUAUGGACUACAUCAUCUUGAGAGGUUCUCAAUUCAGCUGAAUAAAAUCCGCGCUCUUCCUCCUUCUAUUUGUGAAAUGAGGUCUCUGAAAUACCUGGAUGUUCAUUUCAAUGAGCUUCAUGGCCUGCCAUAUGCAAUUGGGAGAUUGACAAAUCUUGAAGUUGUGAACCUGAGCAGUAAUUUUAGUGACUUGACUGAGCUUCCUGAAACUCUUGGUGAUCUAAUCAACCUGAGGGAACUUGAUAUUAGCAAUAACCAAAUACGAGCUCUUCCUGACACAUUUUUCAGGCUUGAAAAUCUUACCAAGCUUAACCUGGAACAGAAUCCACUCAUUAUUCCCCCAACAGAGAUUGCGAAUAAAGGGGUUGAAGCUGUCAAGGAUUUUAUGGCAAAGAGGUGGCUUGAUCUUUUAGCCGAGGCACAGCAGACAAGCACGGAAGAAGCAAACAAACAGCAACAAGAUCAGACUGGAUGGCUGUCAUGGGGAACGUCCUUGAUGACCAACUUUGUUUCAGGAAUUUCUAGUAUUGGAGGAUAUCUGGGAGGAGGAAAUGCUUCAAGCGAUCCAUAUUUGGAUCAGCAGUUGUGAUCUUGCAAUACGAAAAUUAUCAUGUACAGUUGAUGAAAUAGCCUAUGGUCCAUAUAUACUGUUUUGAGCGAAUAAAUUCUGUGACUUGUAUAGAAUGGGGGAUUGUAAGAGGCCUUGAACAUGGCUUAUUGCUUCUCUUUAGGCGCAGAAACUGGAGUCUUUUGGCAGUUUAACAAAUUGUAUUGUCUGGAGAAGUUUAUUUAUGGCAUUAUAAUGGUAUUGUCGA